AUGAAUAACGAUUCAGACACUGUCAAAAUCAGAUCCAUCGUUGAAGAAGGUAUGAUACUUCGGGUAGGAGACGGUAGCUCAAUUCGCUUUUGGCAUGACAGAUGGUGCGAAGCAGGGGUCCUAAAAUCUUUAUAUCCAAGAUUGUUUGCAAUAUCUCUUCAAAAACAAGCUCUGAUAUGCCAGAUGGGUGAGUGGAUUGGAUACUCUUGGGAAUGGAGGCUAGAAUGGCGUCGUCUUUUGUAUGAUUGGGAAAAUGAAGAGGUGCGCGCUCUUCAACAUAAAAUUGCACAUAUUGGGCCGAAAAGAGAUACAAAAGAUGGGGUUUUCUGGAAACAUUCACAAGUUGUGUCUUAUCCUACAAAAGACAUCACUUCAGCAUUAUCUGUGACCCUUGCUCCCUCCCUACCGAAAUCUGUAGUCUCCUUAAUCUGGAAAAAUUUUAUACCUCCAAGAGCAAAACUAGUUGUAUGGUUGGCAAACAAGGAAAAGCUGAAAACUGGAGAAUUGCUCAUGGAAAAGGGAAUCAUUAGCCCCCUCGACGCCAACUGCCCCUUUUGCGGUACGGAAGUAGAAUCAAUCUCUCACCUUCUUUUUGUUUGCAGAUUCUCUUGGACCGUUUGGAUGGAUAUUCUAAAAUGGUGGGGCCUCUCCGCUCCCCUCCAGAAUCAAUGUUCAAAAUUCAGUAUGCAAUGGUUGGGGUUGAUCAAAGGUAGGAAACACAGGAAUAUCUGGACCCUCACUUUGGGUUGCGUCUUAUGGUCCCAGUGGUACGAAAGAAACCAAAUUAAGUUCGAAAGGAAAGCGCCCAACCUUCGAAAUUUUGUGCUGUCAUUGAAGAUCAGGAUAGGAAUCUGGGCUAGGGAAAUGUUGGGCUCCUCUGGGCUUUUUGACCCUGAAAUGAAUUAUGUGGGAUGUUUUUUGUUUACAACUCUUGGUGCUUAUGUUUAUAUUUUAGUUUCUUCUCCCACCCCUAUGCUGUUUCGGGUGGACUGUUCCUCGUCGUCCCCUCGUCCCGAUGGCUUUUUCCCCAUUGGGGUUUUUUAUGCCGGAGGGUGA